AAAACUUGUACAAGCCCGCCGCUAACGCGACGUGUCUUGGGCUGUAACCCCUAUGGGAUACUCUCCGACCUAUUUGUCCCGCCUGCUCUGAUCUGUCUUGUUCCCUCCAUGGGGCGCGGAGAAGUUGGGUCCAGUCUCGGACUGAGGAAGCUUUCAGUGACUGUAUCUCAAGGCUAAGAGUUUCGAGUGGCGGACCAUACAAGCGGUGACAUGCAGUUAUUACCGGCCCUGGUGAUGUGUGUGUUAUCCCUGCCUGGUACCACAGCUGCCAGAACAAUUAAAUUGCUAGCAGAGAUAGAGGACACCCUGCUGAAAAACCUGUUUCGAGGAUACCAGAAAUGGGUGAGACCAGUUAGAAAUAUCAGUGAUACAAUAAAAGUAAAGUUUGGACUGGAAAUCUCCCAACUGGUGGAUGUGGAUGAAAAGAAUCAACUAAUGGCUACGAAUGUUUGGUUAAAGCAGGAGUGGAAUGACUACAAACUAAGCUGGAAUCCAGAUGAUUAUGGAGGCAUCCACACCAUCCGAGUUCCGUCUGAAUCAAUCUGGCUGCCUGACAUAGUAUUAUAUGGAAAUGCAGAUGGACGGUUUGAAGUUUCCCUGAUGACCAAGGCAGUUGUGAAGUACAAUGGGACAGUGAGAUGGACACCUCCUGCAAGUUACAAAAGCUCUUGUACAAUAGACGUCACAUUUUUUCCAUUCGACAAACAAAACUGUUCAAUGAAAUUUGGAUCCUGGACCUACGAUGGAAGCAUGGUUGAUCUCAUAUUGGUGGAUGAAGAUGUGGACCGAAAGGAUUUCUUUGAUAAUGGAGAAUGGGAAAUCUUAAAUGCCACAGGAAUGAAAGGAAUGAGGAGGGCUGGAUAUCACUUAUAUCCAUUUAUCACAUAUUCCUUUGUAUUGAGGCGUUUGCCCCUAUUCUACACAUUGUUCCUGAUUAUCCCCUGCCUUGGUCUAUCUCUUUUAACUGUAUUGGUUUUCUACUCACCAUCAGAUGAAGGCGAGAAGCUAUCUCUAUCCACCUCAGUUCUGGUUUCGCUAACUGUUUUCCUCUUGCUUAUUGAAGAAAUAAUUCCUUCUUCCUCAAGGGUCAUCCCAUUGAUUGGCGAGUACUUGCUCUUUAUUAUGAUCUUUGUCACACUCUCGAUCAUUGUCACUGUCUUCGUUAUAAAUGUCCAUCAUCGAUCCUCAAAAACCUACCACCCCAUGGCCCCAUGGGUCAAAAAACUCUUCCUUCAAACCCUUCCCAAACUAUUAUGCAUGAGGGGCCACACUGAUCGCUACCAAUGUUCGAAAAGUGAGAAUCCGAAGGUGAAGCAAAAAACAUUUGAUAAACAUCAGCAUAACACGGGGAAGAAUGAUGAAAAUGCGGCUAUGAUCGCAAUCUUAGAAAAGGCUGCUGAAUCGGUGAGAUACAUCUCAAGCCACAUAAAGAAAGAGCAUUCUAUUCGUGAGGUUGUGGAAGACUGGAAAUUUGUAGCUCAAGUCCUGGAUCGGAUUUUCUUAUGGCUCUUUUUGCUGGCAGCCAUUCUAGGAUCAGUACUGAUGUUUGCUCCAGCACUUCAAAUGUGGGCAAGCAUUGUAAUAAUGCCCAGUGCAAACUAUCAUACAUAACCA